CACCCAAUCCUUCUGAAAUCCAGAUUUGCACUAAACUUCCGGGUCAAAGCCCCGAGAAGCACAGCGAAUCCGUGUCGCGUAAACAUCGAGGCGGCGCCGAGGUGCUUGCGUCGCUGCCUAGAGACCGACGACGCUUCCGGCCUGUCCGAGUACUAACGAGGGUUUUCGAUCGUUGUACGAUGUUAAUGUCUCCACCGGUCGAACGUUGUGUUCAUCAUUAGGAGCAAAGUGGCGCUGGCAGUCAUGGCCCGCCUGACGUGAGUGAUCGCCUUGAGAGAGUCAAAUACUUGAGGGAGACAGAGCGCACUAGGGGCACCAUGACGAGCGGAGAGAUCGUUGGGAGCUGGUUUCCUUCUGGAUAUUAUGGGCAUUUCCGCAGCAAAUCUAGGAAUGACUUUGUGUGUGAAUACAGGCAGCUAGCAAAACCGCAGCCACCAAACAAGUUUUUCGUGAGAUCAAGGCAACCAUCAGCCAGACAUCUAUUUUCACACCAUGACAAUCGUCAAUCAUUCCUCUCAGACGCACUCUACUUUGAACAGGGUUUGGGUAGAAAACGAAGUCCAGGGAAGGCCUACUCCUUCAAACCCGACUUCUACACUUGGAUACCCAUACAAAAGGAGAUCGAAAGCAGUCGCCCAUUGGUGUCCACAUACAAACUUGACUUUACAAACAACGGUGUCAAACAGCUGUUGGUGCGGCGGCCCAAAACUUCAUUUGAAGGCCCGCCCACCACUACGUAUCGGUACACCCACGGAACGGCGGCACCCAACCAUGAAGAAUUGCAGGCCAUAGCCAGCCCCGCCCUGGCCCUGAGCGCCGCCCACCGCCUGACUCGUGCCAAGUCUGCGCGACCCGCCUGCCGUGAGACCGUGGCUUCCUGUCUCUCCUGGUACCGCCCGGCUGUUCCAGCUGCUACCACCACCACAGACUUCUACACAAGCCACCCCUCUCAGUCCCUGCCCGACCCACCCCUGCUCCACGUUCCAGCACCCCCUUCAACAGCGCCGCCAGCGGUUCAGACGCCGCCUUCAGGAUCUGCGAUGCCAGAACAAUGAAUGGCCAUGUGAUAAGAAGGAAAAAAAGGCCUAAUCUUUUUUGCCAAAUUAAGCACACGUGUAUAAAAUCAGUGCAACUUCACUCUCAGAUUUUACUGUAUACCUUUGUUUGCUGUUUGAUGGAAAGUCAUUCUAGACACUAGUCCAGUGGAUAUUGUGACCUGGUCUUGAGUGGUAGGAUGACACAUGAUCUUCAAUAGGCUAUGAACGCUAAGCUGGCACGGUAUUAUGGCUAUGAAGGCGAAGCUGGCCAUGUGGGCUUUUGAUCCACCCAUACCCCUAUCCCAAUCCAUGGAGAGUUUGGGUAGAAAUAUCAUAUGAAACUGCCAAAGUAGUUACACUUGAUACCUACAUGUAAAGUGCCAGCAACCAAUUGUUCGGCAUUGAAAAUUCCACCAACAGCAAACUUAUCACUUCAUUUAAUUCACGGUAGAAUAACUCUGCUCUUCAGGUGGUUGUCUGAUUUUUGUUCACCAAUAUGAUAGAUGCUCAGCAGGUUGAAAGGACAUCCUGUGCUCAAACUUCACUGCGGGUUUGUUAUCCACUUACAUAAAAUCAGCCUGUGCACUGACACCAGGUUCAAGCUAGUAGUUAUGUCACUAGCUGGAUGAGAAACACAAAACCUCAAAAUAAAUGCUUUACUGCAGAAAUGAUUCUGUAAUGGUUCUUGCUACUUGUCUUACCUCUUUAUGCAAAGUAAUUUUCUGUGAUAAAGUGAAAAUACUGAAUUCUGCUCUGCAGCAGUAUACUUUGAGAAUCUCUUCCUUCAUGCACAAAUCUCCCUCUUUCUUACAAGGUUCCCAUGUAUCAGCCCAAUACACCCUCAACAACUGGAGUAUUGCCAGUUAGUGCUAUAUUUAUGACACUUGACACAGGUAGAGGCUAGUGUAGCACGCAAAGCCUUAUUUUGCCCUGUACAUAUUCUUUAUAGUAUAUUUCAUAGUAGAUUAUCAUUGUUUAUCCUUUAAAAAAAGUCUGCCUACUUAAGAUUUCUUUUUUGCUUAUAGUAAAUCUAUUAAUCUAAAAUAUUUAUCCAAUUUACAUAAAAUCUUUUGUGCCCUUUCCCAUUAGCAACAAAUAACGGCCUUUUCAAAACGUUUAAAUGAUUUCACUUAUUUAAUGCAUGAAUGUGGUCAAAUUCAUCAGUAACAACAGAUUCCCAAAACCAUUUUAAUACCCUAAUGCUUAAAACUUCAAAGAUGCUACACUAAGGACUAAGGGGAAUGUUACUGUUUAUGUUCAAACCCCUCUGAUCAUAGCUGGAGCCCUUGGAUUUAGAACUAUAAGUGUAUAGUACUCAUUUUGAAUCCAGUUCAUUGCUCACUGUUGUAUAGUAUCAGAAUUUUAUUUUUUGUACAGAUUUUGGGGUACACUACUUUUAAACACAGCUUGAUAGUUCUGGCUUUGGAGCACCUUGCUUUGCUGGUAUCUAUGUAUCUGUCCAUUUACUCAGCAUCCGUAAGAAUUAGAAUAAAUAAAAAUUAUGAACAGUAUUUUGUGCUAUUUUUUUCAUGCA